AAGCUUGUGGCCAUGGAGUGAUUUCGUCGGAACAAAGUUGACAAUACCCCUCAUCUCCCUUUUAUCAUGUCUUUCUUAUUUACUAUUAAAAAAAUCCAUGACACAGAAAUACACUUCUUCUUCUUCUUCUUCUUCUUCUCGAAUCUCUCUUCUUCAUUCAGGUCCCCCCCCACACCACACCCAUAGUCUCAACCACCCUUCCCUUUUAUCCUAGUUCUUCUUUCUCUCCCAUCAUUGUGUUGGACAAAAUCGAAACAAUCACAUACAAACACACACUUAUUAUAAUAAUAAUACCCAUUAUUAGAGAUUUUGUUGUGGGAUUUGUUUGGUCUGGUUGUUGUUUUGCUUUUUUUGAAGUUUGGUCGUCAUGGAGUUGGUGUAAGUAUUAUAUACUAGUGCUGGUCACUCGAAGAAAUGAGAGUUGAAGGGGAUUAAAAUUAUGCGAACGCUUUGUGACGCUUGUGAGGGUGCGGCAGCUGUCGUAUUUUGUGCUGCCGACGAGGCCGCUCUCUGUCGUUCCUGCGACGAAAAGGUUCACAUGUGUAAUAAGCUUGCUAGCCGGCACGUUCGGGUUGGUCUUGCAAAUCCCAGUGAUGUUCCCCGCUGUGACAUAUGUGAAAAUGCACCUGCUUUCUUUUACUGUGAGGUAGAUGGGAGUUCCCUGUGUUUGCAAUGUGACAUGAUUGUUCAUGUUGGUGGUAAAAGAACGCAUGGAAGAUAUCUUCUAUUGAGGCAGAGAGUUGAGUUUCCAGGGGAUAAACCUGGUCAUAUUGAGGAGCCAGCUUCGCAACCUGUAGAUCAAGGUGAGACCAGAAGGGUACAAAAUCAGCCUCCUAAACUUACAGUGGUAGAGAACCAGCAAAAUCAUAGUGUCUCUCCUGUUCCAGCUUCUGAUGCUAAUGCUGAUGGACAUGCCAAGAACAAGAAGGAUACUAAAAUGAUUGAUUUGAAUAUAAAUCCUCAGCGGAUGCAUGAACAUGGAUCAAACAAUCAGGAUCAAUGAUCAUAAAUAUCUGGAAGCGGGAUCUCUUGCAUAAUAUUUCCUUCAUGCUAGAAGAGUAAGCUAAGUUUCAAGUAUACUUCAUUUUUCGUGGAACUUCUUUCCUUGCCUCUUUUCCUAGUUGGUUGAGGUUGUGGGCACCAAGGCAUGGGAAUUGUGCUUUGCUGUUGGUGUGUAGCUUAGUUGUGCAGAACAGUAGUUGGACAGCAUUCAUAACUUACAUUGUAAUGCAAAAAAACUUUAAGUAACUCCAAUGAAGGUUUGCAACUAUUUUGAAA